UAAAAAAAAAAUAAAAAAAGAAAUAUUCGUAAAUAAAACAGCUAGCAAGCAAAGAGUUCUUAUUAGUGCAAAAAGCAAGGGAAAAACAAGGCCUCGUGUUUUUUUCCGAUACUGAAAGGAGUAGCAGAGGGCUAUGGAAGCUCCGAAACUUUCGACUCCAAUCCUAUUCCUCUUCCUGUUACUCCUCUUACUCCAUCCAAACAUUCUCCUCCACACAGCUCUCGCAGAUGGCGUCUCUCCAGAGGAAGCCAAACAGCUCAGAGAUGAGGUGAGGGAAAUGUUUUAUCAUGCUUUUGAUGGAUAUAUGGAGCAUGCUUUUCCACUUGAUGAAUUAAGACCUCUGUCAUGUGGGGGCGAAGAUUCGCUCGGCGGUUAUGCCUUAACUUUGAUUGACUCUUUAGAUACACUGGCUUUACUUAGUGAUCGGGAACGGUUUACUGCAUCUGUUGAUUGGAUUGGUAAAAACCUUCGGUUUGAUAUAAAUAAGACAGUAUCUGUAUUUGAGACUACCAUCCGUGUCCUUGGUGGUUUACUCUCUGCACAUCUUAUAGCAAGUGAUUAUGCUACGGGGAUGAAGAUUCCUACCUACGACAAUCAGUUACUUAACUUAGCUGAGGAUCUGGCCCGUAGAUUAUUACCUGCCUUUGACUCUCCCACAGGAAUUCCUUUUGGAUCUGUCAAUCUCUUGUAUGGAGUUGAUGAACAUGAAAGCAAGAUAACGUCAACAGCUGGUGGUGGGACUUUAACUUUGGAGUUCGGAAUUCUUAGCCGUUUGACAAAUGAUCCUGUUUUUGAACAAGUUACCAAGAACGCAGUACGUGGACUUUGGGCUCGACGUUCAAAGCUUAAUUUAGUUGGUGCUCAUAUUAAUAUUUUUUCAGGUGAAUGGACACAGAAGGAUGCUGGAAUAGGAACUAGUAUUGACUCUUUCUACGAGUAUCUUCUUAAGGCUUAUUUGUUAUUUGGAGAUGAAGAGUAUUUAUUCAUAUUUCAAGAAGCUUAUGCUGCUGCCAUGCACUAUCUUUACAAUGAUCCUUGGUAUGUGGAGGUAAAUAUGGAUUCUGCUGCUAUUGUCUGGCCAUUAUUUAACAGUUUGCAGGCAUUCUGGCCAGGCCUUCAGGUUUUAGCUGGGGAUAUUGACCCUGCAAUUCGAACUCAUACUGCCUUCUUUAGUGUCUGGAAAAGAUAUGGUUUCACUCCAGAGGGUUUUAAUCUUGCUACACUCACUGUUCAGCAUGGGCAAAAAAGUUAUCCAUUACGCCCAGAGUUAAUUGAGAGCACAUAUUGGCUCUACAAAGCUACAAGAGAUCCCAGGUAUCUUGAUGCUGGGCGGGAUAUGGUAGCAAGCUUGCAGUAUGGUGCACGAUGUCCUUGUGGAUAUUGCCACAUAUCAGAUGUAGAGUUUCAAAAGCAGGAAGACCACAUGGAGAGCUUUUUCCUAGCUGAAACAGUCAAAUAUUUAUGGCUUCUUUUUGAUUUGGCUGUGGGUCCUGAUAAUCUUGUCGAAAAUGGGCCAUACAAGUAUGUUUUUAGUACUGAAGGCCAUUUAUUGCCAGCAACUCCACAAAUAUCACUUGUGCGUGAACAUUGUAUGUAUUUUGGGGCGUUUUGUAAAAGUGGCAAUAAACAGGAUUCACAUACAUCAGAUGUUACAAACCAAGAAACUAAUGAAACUAGAUUAUAUGGAAGUUGGGACCCCAGUGGACUUGCACUAGAUCCUACUCUUUUCAAUACAAGCCCUACAUCAGGAUUUAUAAAGGGGGUUUGCCCUGGACUAACCCAUGGACAGAGGUUUGGCAUAUCAUAUGUGGCGUCAACGGAUACAACUCAUGAGAAUCAAGGCACAAAUCAAAGUUCUGAUUCUGAUUCUGAGAACAAGAACUAUCAUGACAAUUAUAGGGAAUCGAGCGAGAGAAAAUCAAAGAGCGAUCCACCUGAAGAAUGAUGAAGGCCUUACAGUUAUCGAUCCGUUUUCAAAUCAUGGAAUUUGGUCAGAAUGCCACCUUGGAAUUCAGGCCUUUCAGUGCUUCCUAUAUUCUUGCACUACAAGACCAUUGGCAAAAGAGAUGAUUGUGGAAGUGCCUGACUCGAUAAACCGGUUGUCUGGUUCAGGCUGUUGAUUGGAGUGCUGGAAGAACAUGAGGUUCUCCAUUUUGGACUGUAAGAAUAUAUGAUCAUGAUUCAUGAGUUUCAGCAAUCUGCGUAUUAUUUUAUAGAGUGAGCAUGGAGCUUGAGGGUAGAAAUAUAAAGAGCAAAAAGGGUCUGUAGAAUAUCUUUCUUGCUAGUUAUACUGCCUCAAAAACCAUAACACUGGCACUUGAUCACCUGCUAAGCCUGUGAAAGACAGCUGAGAGAAUUUGUUAUACAAUUUUUUUCCCCCCAGUUUUACAGUCGAUUUCAGAGAUCGAUUCGGUUAUAGAGAUGGAAUAGUGAUUUGUAGCUAUUCUUAAUUUGAACAAAAGUACCACAUAUUCAGCAAAAGUGAAAUGGUUCAAUGAAUGAUAUUUGAUUCUAGGGAAUAAUUUACCUUUUUGAUUUAGGAAUGAAAAUGCUGAUUUCUUUUAAGUUGUGUGGAAAAAUGAUCUUUUAAGUUAUUUA